CCAACCAGGAAAGAGGGCUUGUCGGGAUCUGGACUGAGGCGGAUGAGACCAGAAACCUUUGUUCUGUCUCCUCUCGCUCCUCGCCGUUAAACAGCAGCCUGUCAAUGCUUCCGGACAAACUGCUCGCGGUUCUGUGAGUGGGAUACCUCAGAAGGAUGCUCUCUGAAUGAGACAUCAGCAGCUACUAUUGACUCGGUUUUUCAUAUUUUUCCUGCUCGCUACAGCCCGAGGGGGACGUCUGCUCGUGUUGUUCCUGUCAGCUGCUAAAUGGAAAUAAAACGGGGAUCUGAUCAAGGUAAUGGUCUCCCAGCCCACUAUGUGCGCCUCCUGGCCCCGCCCCUGCAGCUCCUGUCAGCCGCAGUGUGGCAAGUAGUGCAGCAGGGACAUGUGGACCGCUAUGGGAUGCUGGAGGAGUUUGUUACCAUGGUGACGGAACUGGUCCCAGAGCUGAUGAGCUACAGUCAGAGGGCUCAGCUCAUCCUGGGCCUCAGGGCCAGGCUGGUUCUGGAGAUGUGUCGGGGUGAGCACCCAGUGGACAUGCAGAACAUUCAGCCCCAUCUGGACAGAAUUAAAGCCCCCGUCAGCACUGCCAAGGAUCACCAUGUAACCAUCAACCAGGUGGAGGAAUCUGAGGUCAACUUUGUGGAGUUGGUGCAUUCAUUACUGGAGGAUCCGUCGGAAAGAACUUAUUUUUUCCAGAAAAUCUUCCCCGUCUACUUUGGCUCAAAGUACGAUGCUGCACUUGAGAUGCUGGUGUGGGAGUUCAUAUCCAGACUGGAGGAGUUGCUGCCAGUUCCAGACUUCACACAGUUGGCUACUUUGCUCGGAGACUCUCCUUCCUUUCUAGACGACUGUUUACAAUCCUUUUUCCCGCCGGAAGACAUGAAGGCUGUACUUGAACACCACAGAAACCUUGGGCAUUUUGGAGAGAAAGAUCCUAGAUUAUUACCAAUGGAUGACUGCAUCCUCUCCUCCCUGUCUCUGCCUCCUGGGUCCAAACAUGUCAUGAACACCACCUCGCCUGCUCACAGGGAUUUACACUUCUCAGAGAGCAAAGGACGUUUUGACGCUCUCUUGAACACCAGCAGCCUGGAGAGGGCGAGCAGGAGGAGCUCUGAGACGGUGAGACAGAGCCUGAAGGACACCCGGCAGGUCAGAGGAGGGAGCGUCUCUCAGGAGAGGAAGCUGCAGAGCUCAGUCAGCGCUGACACCAUCGACCUCACUGUGUCCGGGGAGACCGCGGCCACAGACCCAGCAGCCAAUGACAACAGCCAAAGUUUGAGAGGAGGGCGGGUUCUCAGGAAGAGGAAGCUGAGCGGAGGCGCGGACAUUCCCACUAAACAGCAAGCAGCGGCUUUCCUAAAUUCAUCAGUGGAAGGCGGGAAUUCGGAUGAAUCUCCUCUAAUCUCGAUAUGGGGAAAAUACACAGACUCUUUGGAAGAGUCUCUCCCAGCUGUGACGGACUCAAAGGUUCCCUGGUCGGACGAGGAGACCCUCAAUCUGCUGGACAUCUGGGGGAAUGACUCUGUGCAGCGGGCUCUAAAGGGCUGCUCUAAAAACCGUCACAUUUUUACUCAGAUCGCUCAGAAGAUAGCAGAGAGAGGGUACCCAAGAACCGUGGAACAGUGCCAGACCAGGAUUAAAAGACUGAAGAAGAGCUUCCGCAGAGGGAGCUCCAAGCUGGAGAAUAAAUUUUACGAGCUGCUGAAGAGGGUCCUGGGCUCCUCAGGCCCCUCAGCUGUCCCUCAGGUCACCUAUGAUGUGGAAGAGGUCAUCGAUGAAGACGAGUCCCGAGACGGAGAGGAUGACCUGCAAUUCCUCGGCCAUACGAACCAACCGGAAAUAGUCAAUCAUAUUUCUGAAGGAACGAGAAGCGUUCCAUGGACGGACGCUGAGACGCUGGGCCUCAUCACCAUGUGGGGCGAGGAGCAGAUGCAGCAGGAGCUGAGGGGGACGCACCGGACCGGACACAUGUUCCCCACCAUAUCAAACAAGAUGGCCGCCCAGGGCUUCUCCCGAACACCGGAACAGUGCCAGAGGAGGCUGAAGAGGCUGAAGGCAAAUUUCAGGCAAUGCUACCAAAACAACCUGGAAGGACAGGAGCAAGUUCCCUUCAAGUUUUACAGUGAACUGGGAAGGAUCUUAGUGAAGGACUUCCCUUCAGUGCCACAGCCGGAGGAAACAGCCGGAGAGCCUGAACACGACGACUUCCCCUCAUUCUCCCAUCAGGACAUCGAGUCUGCUGUGGGUGUUCAGGAAGACAGGAGGAAAGUCCCCUGGUCGGACAAAGAGACCAUCAUCCUUCUGGAGAUCUGGGGAGACCCACAGGUCCAGCAGAGCAUGAGACGCUACCCACACAACGGUCACAUUUUCACGGAAAUAUCUGAGAAACUCGCGGCUAACGGCUACUCCCGCAGCGCAGGCCAGUGCCACACCAGGAUCAAACGGCUGAAGGCUAACUACAGGCAGUGUCAGGAGAACAUGAGCUCAUCUGGGACUGACAAAAUCGACUUCAAGUUUUACGAUCUGCUGGAACAAAUCUUGGAGAAGCAACCGUCCACAUCCUCCACCGUGGUAACAGACUCCAUCGAAAUAUCUGAAGACUCUAAUGUGGAAUCGGUGACCGAAACAGAUGGAGAAGCCAGCAUGUCGACAGAGAAAGCUCCACCCAGCUUGUGGUCCGACGAGGAGACGCUGGCUCUGAUCGAGGUCUGGGGCGACGAAGACGUCCAGAGAGCGCUGAGGGGAUUCAUCCACAACGGACACGUCUACGCCGACAUUUCGGAGAGAAUGCACAACCUCGGCUACUCCAAGAGCUCGGACCAGUGCCGCUGGAAAGUCAAGUCACUGAGGAACAACUUCCGACAGUGCUGCGAAAGGAAAAAGUGUGGAAGAAGAAUAGAUUAUAGAUUCUACCCACAGCUUGAAGAAAUCCUCGGACAGGAAGCAGGUCCUGUUGAUGAGUAUGAGGAAAAAGAGGAACAAGCAGACCAGGAUCCAGGUCCAGAUGGAGUGACCACAGCGUGGACGGAGCAGGAGACGGUGGCCCUCGUGGAGGUGUGGGCGGAAGACGACGUGCAGCACGGCCUGAAGACCUGCGUCCGCAACGGGCACAUAUUCGCUGACAUAUCGGAAAGAAUGACCGCCGUGGGAUGGCCGAGGACGGCGGAGCAGUGCCACUCCCGGAUCAAGAGGUUGAAGAAGAGCUACAGGCGGUACUGCAACAGCUGGAGAAGUGGAGCACGCACCACUGUGUUCCGAUACUUCCACCUCCUGGCUCCGGUGCUCGGUGAUGACUCUGUGAAUGCUGAUGUGGACAGUACUGCUGCUGACACCACCUUACAACCUCUUACAGACAAUGAUUCGGACAUGGUGGAGCAGCCGUCCUCCAGCCAGCUCCUGGACCUGAGCAGGAAGACGCCCUGGUCGGACCAGGAGACCCGCACCCUGCUGGAGAUCUGGGGGGAGGACAACGUGCAGCUCACCCUGAGGGGCUGCCUGAAGAACCGCCACGUGUUCGACUACAUCUCUGAGAAGAUGGGCGACGGAGGAUACAUAAGGUCCUCAGAGCAGUGCUACACCCGCAUCAAGCGCCUUAAAUACGGCUUCCUGCAUGAAAAAGAGGAUUAUAAAUUCUACAGUGAGAUGGAUGAAAUCUUCAGGAGAGAGCUGAAAGUGGACGACUCAGUCGCAGACACGCAGGACACAGAGGAGCCGGAGGACUGCACUCAAAAGAAAGCGGCCUCAGGUGCUCAGUGGGUGGCCGACAGCUCCAAGCUGCCCUGGAGCGACGGAGAGACGGAGGCUCUGCUGGACCUGUGGGGCAGCGAGGAGGUGCAGGAGACCCUGAAGGGCUGCACCAAGAACAAACACAUCUUCAUCCAGAUCUCUGAGGUCAUGGUCAGCCAGGGCUACAUGCGCACCCCCGAACAGUGUCAGACCAGAAUAAAGAGGCUGAGGGCCAACUUCAGACACUUCCUAGAGGGCAGGAAAGGGGAAAAACAGGAGUGCAAGUUUUUUGAGCAGCUGGUGCAGAUAUUUGGAAGCAAAUAUGUAUCGAACUCUGACCCCCUGACCGAGGACGCAGCCGAGGACGUAGAGACCUGAAACUGUCUGUAAUCGUGAAGUGAAAUAAUGAGGAAGACUGAGGAACAUCCAGAAGUGAAGAGGACACUUGAGCAGAAGCUGGUGGUGUGCUGCUGUGCACAGAUGACGUCUGCCUGUGUACACACUUCAAAUACUUUGACAUUCUUCAUGCACACAGGUUCUGUGUGUGUGUGUUUGUGACUUUCCGUCCCUCCACCAGAGUGUCUUUAUAUUAUUUAUAACAGAGCCAUGACACUAAAACCAAAAGCUCAGGGCUCAAGGGAUGAAAAUGAAUCUGUGAUCUUGACCUGGAGGGAGUCACACAUCACGCUGGGCUCCUCCAGAGUUUUUCUUUUUGCUAGUAUAUAGUUAUUUUGUACUUGAACUAAAAUGAGCGUAUGAAAGCACAGGCCAAGAGAAACAAACACAAGGCCUCUUUAGUGUAACCACAUCUGCUUUUUGCUCUUUAUUCAGGUCUCACUUCUGUCCGUGCCAUUGUUUACACUUUUUGCAAUCUGCAGUAAAUGUUGAACUCAUGAAGCUAAUCCUUUUUCCUUAUUUUUUACACGGUAUAAGUUGAUCUUGUCCGCAAUUUCAAUUAUUUAUUUAAAUUAUUGUUUAACUUUGUAUUUCAAAAGUUUACUGCUACUUUAAUUAUGUUACUUUUCAAACGUUAAUGAAGAACAUUUUUCCACAAGCGUAUCAAGGUUUUGUCAAACCAAUUAAAGGAACUUGAUUUUUUUUAA